CUCUCUGGCUUCUCACUUCCAGCUUUAUUACCACUAUCUUCUUCUUCUUCUUCUUCUUCUUCUUCUUCUCUUCUGUCGUUAUCGCCGGAAUUUAGAUUCACCGGCGUUCAACAAUUUGUUGUGUUCGUAUACCUGAAUAUCACAACUCAGCAGAUCCGAGAUCCACAAGUCUCAGUUUGUAGUCAUGUCAAGAAAGCCAGGAUACCCAACGAGGCGAUUUGGAGGUGCUGGGGGGCUGUUUCAUCCAAAAUCACGCAUUUCACCUCUAUUAUCUACAAUUCUUGUCAUUCUGGGUAUUGUCUUUGUGGUUGCUUAUAUUUAUCGGGGCCCAGGUAUUGGUGCAAGUACCAGGGAAGCACUUAGCAAGAUAGAUGGUGACUUUACAUGCACAUCUGAGGUUCAGAGAGCAACGGCAUAUUUAAAGAGCACAUAUGGUGACAGUAUGCGUAGUGUUUUGCACGUGGGACCUGAUACUUGUUCAGUGGUCUCUAGAUUGUUAAAAGAAGAGGAAACUGAGGCAUGGGGCGUGGAACCAUAUGACAUAGAGGAUGCUGAUGUGAACUGCAAAAGCCUUGUGCGACAGGGCAUAGUACGUGUAAAUGAUAUCAAGUUCCCUCUACCCUACAAGUCAAAAUCUUUCUCACUUGUUAUUGUAUCUGAUGCGGUGGAUUACCUAUCUCCAAAAUAUCUUAACAAGACACUCCCAGAGUUGGCAAGAGUAUCCUCUGAUGGUGUAGUUAUUUUCACAGGUUAUCCAGGCCAAUCUAGAGCGAAAAUUGCAGAGCUAUCCAAGUUUGGGCGUCCUGCAAAAAUGCGGAGUUCAUCCUGGUGGGUACACUUCUUUGCUCAGACCAGCUUGGAGGAGAAUGAAGCAGCAACUAAAAAGUUUGAGCAGGUUGCGACUAAGAGUGGGUACGUGCCAAGGUGUCAAAUUUUCCAUGUGAAAUCAUACCAUUGAUAUAAAAUAUUUACAGAUGCUUAUGAUCUUUUCAUUAUUGUUUCUUUUUUAGCAACAGAUUUUAAUACGGAGUAUUCAUUACUGGCCACACAAGUGUGCCUUGCUUUUAAGUUAAUUCAAUAUUGUACACGAGAAUACGAGAUGAUUAUAUUUCGUUUAUAUGAACAGUCAAUAAUCAUAGAAGAGAAGUUUGACAAAGAA